AUGCGUAGAGAAGAGGAUACCGAAGAGGAAAGAUGCGAUUUCGCCGCACCCACGGCGACGGGGUGGGUGCGAAUCCUCUACCUGGAGCACCCCCCAAACGACCUGAACCUUUCGGAUGCCGAGCGGCAGGAGGCCGUGACUCUGACGCUCCCGCUUACUGGCGGGGGAGGCUGUGGGGGCCUAGGUGGAGUGACGGUAAAGCACGUGGUUGAGGCGGCCAGGCGGCAGCUGCACUUGAGCGACGCGGAGCUGCAGCUCAGCCUGCAUGGCGUGGUGCUCGCUCUGCGACAAGAGUUGGCAGAGAUUGUGGGGGACCUUCCACACGGCACCCGCCAACGCCUGGUAUUCCUCCUCAGUCCCAGCCCUGCCUCAGACCUCGGCACGAAGGAGGAGAAAACGAGCAAAAGGAAAAGACGGAUCAUAUUUGCAGACCCACCGUUAUUGGUAUCACCCACAAAGGCGGCAUUUACGCCCAGACGUGGCGGAGAAGUAACAUACUCGCCUUCCAUGCACAGCGCACUUGAUACGGCAAGGGGGAAGUGGUCAGCGGCGUCGCAGUGUGUGUUUCUUGAGUCGUGGCUUCAUCCACACCGCUGCGGCCGGUGCCAACGUGUACGGGGGCAGCACAGUGUAUUUACACCCAACUGCCAGGAACACCUUCAAAGUGCAACGAGGCUGGCGGAAAAAAAGACCCUUUUGUGGCGUCAUCAAAACCCUGGGAAGGGAAACGAGGUGCAGAAGUUAAUGUUGCCGUAUUACUACGCCGACCCACAGCAGUGGAGGUCACAGCGUGGUGAACGGUAUCACGGGCGCGGUGAGACGUGUCACAGUUUCUGUGCAUCAUGGGGAAACCCCCAGUUGUGUCGCACCUGUCAAACUACCAAAGAGAUGCACAAAAUAGAAGAGAAGCAUGCGGUAGAGCGGCCCUCAACAACGCCUGCGCGGCAGCUGCGCAGCCUGGCAUCCUCAUUAGUCCACGGUGGCAAUACAUCCCCACCAGCGUACGCUCGCAAGGCGUGUCAACACCUUGUCCCGUCCUCAAGCAAUGAAUACUGCAGGACGUGUUACAUGCAGCGGGUGAAACGGAUUUCCCAGAUUGGUCAACGCUCCCCGUUGACCCACGUUGCGGCUGUGUGGCAACGUGCCUCGCCUAGGCGUCCAAAGGUUCCCAAAGUGGCAGACUGGCUUGCCCUUCCUGCAGCUGAAAAUGCGGACGCAAUUAUGAGAAGCGACAACGCUCAUGGCCACGUUAACACAAAGCGGGGAGGGAAGCAGCUAGAUGGAGCGGGGAGUGGGAGGGAGAUGACUCUCGUAGAUGCUUAUUCUGCUCCUUCCUUAUCCUCCUCUUCUUCCUGCUGCCCGUUCACAGUACUAGAGGCGCUCCCCAGAGCGACGGUGCCCAAAAGACGGAGCAAUUGCAGUGUCUCUUUAGCAGAUAUCCCCUGGGGUCUUGUGCUGCAGUACACCACAUUGGAUGGGUUACGGGUAUGCAGAGCCGUUAGUUCAACCCUGCGCACCGCAGCCAUUCCACUUAUUUAUGAAAAUUGUAGAUACAUACUUGAUGUAUUCGAUGUUCCCCGUCAGAAACGCGAAUUACUCACAAAAUAUGCUGAUCGCUACGCCUCGCUUAUCCUGGACGCCGUGCAUCAACGCACACUCUGUUCUGCGCUCAUGGAUGCCGCCACGCAUCCUCUUCACUUCCGCUGUUUUUGUCUCUUGCAGUUUCUUGCGGCGAUGCAGGUUUUGAACUCUGAAAGCGAAAACGAUCUCAUGGAAAGGGAGAUUCAGAGAGGGAAAAACCGGGUCUUACCGGAGUUGUCGGUGUGUUCGCCUCCUCCUUCACCGACUGCCCACGCAUUGGCGGGUGGGAAGAGGGGAAGUAGCGCGGCGGGAGACACAUUCACUGCGCAGGAAUUAACCCGAGAUGAGAUGGCCCAAGCUGCGUUGGGGCUCUUCAUUAAGAGACUCGCUUGGUGUAACCACACCUCACUGUCGCAAGCCGCCGCGCAGGGCAUUGCAGACGCGUUUGAGGAAAUUUCAGUGGCUGCCGCAGCCUCCCUGCUGUACCGCUGCGAUGGCGCCCAGCCAAGCGAGGCGGGGCGUGACACACAACAGACACACUUCUUAUCGCUUGGAUUUUAUUUUGAACGACAUGCACUUCUGCCGCUUGUUGACUUUUUGCAGACGGUGGAGGUGGUAACGCGGAUGAAGUGGAGAGCGCGUAAAUUUCUAAACGCGCACUCCCACGAGUACCAUUUCCACAGUUCCUUGUACCAUAUUACCGGAUGA